UGUUCUGAAACGCUGAGGCUUUUUUCUGCUGGGUUUAAGCUUUAAGAGGACAAAACGCUUCCAAAGUGGUAAGUAGCUUCCUCUUCAGUGCAGCUAAAUCAAAGCCUGUAGGGUUCCUAAAGGCCAUUAUAGGGGUGAGUUGCUGUCUUUGUCUUAGCUGAGAGCCUUCUUGUGCCCGGGUUCAGCCCAUGAUAGAUUUGUCACUUAGGAGCCUCAACGGUUCUGAAGGGAUUUUGUACGGUUUGAGUUCUGUAGGUGCUAAUUUGAUAUUUUGAUUUGUUUGAGGGUUUUCUUUUUUAAUUCUCUCGACUCUUCGUGAGGGAAUUCUCCCUGCGAGUUUCAGGUGGGUCUGCUGACGGAAUUAUUUAUGAAGCAAUCUGCAGCAGGCUUGGCGUGCUGCACACAAAAGUGUGUGGUGGCUGCAUCACCGCGUUCACACUCUUGACUCAGAUUUUCCAAAACCUCAAAAUAAAGUAGAUCAUCUCCUAUUCUUUCUUCAUCAGACCAAUAAUCAUCUCCAAAACAAUGUCUCCUAGUUCUUCAGAACUUAGUGGAAGCCCUCUGCUAUCAGUAAGGCCUCAGGCUGUCCAAAAUGCUCUCGUGUUAAUGGACAUUUAAAGCACGCUGCCUCACAGCGCGUACGACAAAAUGCUUAGCUUUAUUACGCAUCAUCUGUGACUUGAUUACUUUUGCUUUUACAAACGCAUGCAGUCCCUCCCAGCGAAGGAUCUGAAUUAACAAAAGGCUCUGUGGGCGAGUGCCUUGUGGAACCACAGCUUUAAACAUCUUCACGCCCUGCAAACGCAGUUCGUGCAGCAGUUGAGUAAACGGAGCCUGCGUGGCCGGGUGUUUAACCUCCCGAGGCUUCGUUUUCUCAGGCCGCGGAGCACUUGGAAGUGGGGUGCCCAAGAUCAUAGCACGAGGCAGUGGUAGAGCUGAGAACAGGACAAGGGCCGUGCCUCACUUCGUGCAGAAGAGCCCCUCGUCUCUCGGGCGCUAUCGCAGCACGCGCCUCCUGUGUCACCUUGGUGUCAGCCCUGGCGUGCACCGAGCCACUUCACGUAAUACUCCUCAUUUAUCUCCCUGCCAGAAGUAGGAAGAGGCGAUGUCCCCGACAAACAGAGAACAAGAUUAACUUCAGGAAAAAGUCGUCAUUGCUCUGUCAGUGCUGACACCCUUGGAUAAACGGUGCUGGAGAAGUGGUGGAGUUGUGGCUGUUCUGGCUGCACUUGGCCCCUUUGCAAACAUCGUCUACAGUUGCUCUGCUUUUAUCUGCAUCAGAAGCAUGAACUUCGGGGUCUGCCUACCUCGUGUUUUUCUUACUGGUGAAGGCAGCAAGCUGCUUAAGUGACAGCGGUAAGGACGGAUCCCUGACCUGUGUUAAUUAAAACAGCACAGCAUUGGCUGCCCUGCGAAAUACAGCAGUCUCCCUCCGCGAUAAUUAUGCUACGUGUUGAACAAUAAGCUUUGUUUGUUGAUGAAACAAAUCCAUCCCCAACCUCAUCCCACACGCCGGAGCUUAAACAUUCGAGGGCGAUUUAAAGUCUUCCAGCACCAGGCUGCCUCUGACAGCAAGGGGCAUUGCAACUCUCCUUGAAAGCUCGGUGACUUCGCUGCUGUCUCGGUGCCACGGCUCUCGCCUUGGCGCAUCAUCAUCGCUGACGGUUGCAGACUGCGGUGUGGACUAGCAGAGGAACUGAGGUUUUGGGGGUUUUUUGGGGAGCAGGCUCUAAGCAUGACGGCAUAGCCUCCCCUUUCAGACCUCCUCGCUGGCAUACCUGGCCGCGAGGACUCCAGGAGGAGCUCUCAGGCUCUCGUGUUGCCAGCUCUCAGGAUGCUCCCUGCUAUUUACACCCCCGGAGUGCAGCUCAAACACUAACCUGGGAGCCCCCACGAGUGCAAACUUGUGCCUCUUGCUUCGGAGGCAGGAAGCAACUCGUCGAAGCCUGCACGUGUCAUUGACUAAAUGCAGAUUAAGAAGGCUGGAAGUGAUGCCUCUUGCUUCUGCCUCCAGCACGAUGGACAACGCUGCCUGCAGCUCCCAGGAGCCUUGGCUGUGCCGAGUGCUGCGGGACACAUCCUUGUCCCUUAUGGGCGAGGAAGACAGGCACAAAGCAAGACUGGCUGUUGGGAGGGGAAAAACAAGAUCCAGGUUGCCCAAAAGAGCAGUUGUUGGACCUUUAGUUGGUCUGUAUCCCUGUACAGGAGUCUUACCACCUGCCGUGCUACACAGACAGUAAAAUAACUAGUAGUCUUUGAGCGGAUGUGUCCUUUGUGUUUGAUCUGAUUUCUGUUAUUUUCUUACAGAAAAAGUAUUAAUUGGGUUACCUUUUGCUAGGACUCUGUAGUAAAGGCUCCAGCCCUGUCUCUUGACUCCAGCUUGCAGCUUUCUGCGCAGCUCACUGAAGGUUUAGAUGCAAUCCUUCUGGACCUCAAGCGCUGGUGAUAAAACAUGUUUCAGGAGUUUUCUGCCUCCGUUCUUUCCAGCGUCAGGGAGUUGAUCUGAGCAGUGGUUCGGUGUUACAGGAACAUUUAAUGUCUCCGUCUCUCCUUGGUAGAGGCUGCUUUUGAGUGUAGAAAGUCCUCAGCUCCCUGGGCUUCUCUGUGCCUUUGGAGCAGGCGGUGGCAGCUGCUGGGUUACCUCCGGUAGGACGCAGCAGGUGCACUGAAGCGAUUCCGCUUGGAAGAGAUGCAGUCAGUUGUGGAAGGAUGCAGCUUAGCUGAGCUGCAUGAAAUAUGGGAGACGACAGGCCGUUUGUGUGCAAUGCCCCUGGCUGCGGACAGAGGUUUACAAACGAGGACCACCUGGCGGUUCAUAAACACAAGCAUGAGAUGACAUUGAAAUUCGGCCCUGCUCGAACCGACUCAGUCAUCAUAGCAGAUCAGACCCCGACCCCGACUCGGUUCCUGAAGAACUGCGAAGAAGUGGGACUCUUCAAUGAGCUGGCCAGCUCCUUUGAGCACGAGUUCAAGAAAGCCGCGGAGGAUGACGAGAAAAAGGCAAGAGGCGAAGGCCGCCACCGCUGCCCUAAAACCGAGCCGUGCAGUAUUUCGGGGCUGGGGGGAUGGAGCUGGUCUGAUGGAAGGCAUAUGGCGCAGCACGGUCUCGGAUUUAAUAUGCUGGCUCACGCAGGACUUUAUUUUUUUAACUCGGGUGACUUUGGCUGGCAGGCCUGCAAUCCGAGGCCCGGUUAGAGCGGGUUUUAAUGGUUUAUUAUUCCUUCGGCUUUUCACUUCCAAAAAUGAAAAAGGGCAGUACCCCAAAUACCUUGCAUCUUGGGAAGGAGAUGCAGGAAAAGGCCGGGACUGUGUAGCGCUCGGGGUCUGAGCCAAAUUCCCUCGGGGAUCGGGAUCCUUGGUGCUGCUGCCUUUAAGGUGCAGCUGUGGCCCCCCGACUGCUCCUCCUGUGCUCCCGGCAAGGGCACAGAGCUCGCGGCAUCUGAACUGCAAACAGAGAGAGGGGCUUCCGCGCAGGAGAGAGGCUUUCCUAACAAAGAGCUCCCUCAUAUGCAGCAGUAUCGAUUCAGGCUGCCCCUGCCAACCCCGGGGUCUGAAGGACAACGGGAUCUCGUCAGAUAGCAGCUAAUUAAGGGACUUUCCCCCCCCGUCUCCUCUUCAGGAUCGGAGGAGCAGCAGAUGCGGACCGGCUCUGGGGCUGGCACAUACAUUUACUAAAUUGAUGUAUGGAUGUACAUACGCUCGCAGUCAGCGGCGCUGCUCGGAAAUAAACUGCGGGAGCAGAGCCGCGUAAAUCUUCGCCGAGAUGGGGAACGGAGGAAUUCAGAAUUAAAACCGAAAACUGUCUUCCCCCCCCCCCACGUCCCCGCUCUCCUAAUAACAGGGCUCUUUAAAGCAGAAAUUGAUCUCUCUCAUUGGUAUGCUGCAGGGCCUUGCCGGGCAUUUUA